UUGAAGUUUUGAACCCGGGAUGGGGAGCGUCUCCCAACAAAUCCCGGCUGCUGAGACAACCUCCUAAGGCGGGCUGCGCUGGUAUUUUUGUCGGAGGGCGCGAGCGAGUGCGUUGCGCCUUUAAGGAGUCAAGCCGAGCCUAUUGCUGAGAGCGAGAGUGCGCAGGUGCGGGGACCUGGGACCCGGAGGGCGGCGAUCCAGCAGCAGGACCACGGCCACUGAGGGCACUGAUUGAAGCAUGCUGGGAAAACUGCUUCUGGUGACGAAGCUACUAAGAGAACAGUUGCAUGAGCAAACCAGGGUUAUGUCCUCUGUGCUGCAGUGCUUCAUCUGUGAAAUGAUAUAACUCCUCUCUUGCUUGGCUCUGCAGGUACUGACGAGCGUCAGGGAGCAGGAUGGAUCUCGACGUGGUUAACAUGUUUGUGAUAGCGGGUGGGACGCUGGCCAUUCCCAUCCUGGCAUUCGUCGCUUCUUUCCUCCUGUGGCCCUCAGCACUGAUAAGAAUCUAUUAUUGGUACUGGCGGAGGACACUGGGCAUGCAAGUCCGCUACGCACACCAUGAGGACUAUCAGUUCUGUUACUCCUUCCGGGGCAGGCCAGGACACAAGCCAUCCAUCCUUAUGCUCCACGGAUUCUCCGCACACAAGGAUAUGUGGCUCAGCGUGGUCAAGUUCCUUCCGAAGAACCUGCACUUGGUCUGUGUGGACAUGCCGGGGCACGAAGGUACCACCCGCUCCUCCCUGGAUGACCUGUCCAUAGUCGGGCAAGUUAGAAGGAUACAUCAGUUUGUAGAAUGCCUUAAGCUGAACAAAAAGCCCUUUCACCUUAUAGGCACCUCCAUGGGUGGCCAGGUGGCUGGAGUAUACGCUGCUCACUACCCGUCCGACAUCUGCAGCCUGUCCCUCGUGUGUCCUGCUGGCCUGCAGUAUUCAACUGACAAUCGGUUUGUACAACGGCUCAAAGAGCUGGAGAAUUCGGCUGCCAUUCAGAAGAUUCCCUUGAUCCCGUCCACCCCGGAGGAGAUGAGUGAGAUGCUUCAGCUGUGUUCGUACGUCCGCUUCAAGGUGCCCCAGCAGAUCCUUCAAGGUCUUGUCGAUGUUCGCAUCCCUCAUAACAACUUCUACCGGAGAUUGUUUUUGGAAAUCGUCAAUGAGAAAUCCAGAUACUCUCUGCACGAGAACAUGGACAAGAUCAAGGUCCCAACACAGAUCAUUUGGGGAAAACAAGACCAGGUGCUUGAUGUGUCCGGGGCAGACAUAUUAGCCAAGUCAAUCACUAACUCCCAGGUAGAGGUUCUGGAAAACUGUGGCCAUUCGGUGGUGAUGGAGAGACCGAGGAAGACAGCCAAGCUCAUUGUUGACUUUUUAGCUUCUGUGCAUAACACAGACAACAACAAGAAGCUGAACUGAGGCCGUCGCCACAGCCUGCAUUCUGCACACAGCGUCUGUCCCUAUCCCCCAACCUGACACAGUAAACCACUCUCAGGGAUCCCAAAUGCCGCAGAGCACCAACGUCCCUGAGGAAGCCAGUUGCCUAUCCCAGUAUCCUUGGUUCCACAGAGCAUCAGGGGCCACAAGGAACUCUUCAAGAUCCUUUUUUUUUUCAAAAUAGAAACUUAAAUGGAACCAAAAAAAAAAAAAAAAAAAAAAAAAACCCAAAAAAACAAAACAAACAAAAAAAACACAUCUAGCCAUGACGCCGACCGGAAGUCUUCAAGUUCACAUCACUGACAAGCCAGUGCUGAGCAGCCACCCUGGACCAUAAUCAUCAAGGACACUUUCUUUAAGACAUUCCUCACACAUUAGACUUCAUCUAAUUUUGUUCUUGUUGUUUCAGAUGUAUCCCCUGCAUGGUCAGUGGCUUUGUCUACAGGAGCUUUAGUCAUUGAAAACUCUUGUUUAGCUCUAAUUCAAGUUUUACAUAGAGGCCCACGUGUGAAUGCAGCCGCUCAGUAGACCCGGGAAGAGACAGCUAACUGUGGAAGAGGUUUCUGCCUUGAGGCCUGAUAUGCAGGAGGCUGAGGUGGAAGGAUCCGAGACCAAGGCCUGCCAGACAGGUACAGAGUGAGUUCAAGGCCAGCCUGAGCUACUGACUGAAAAAGAGAAAAUGUUUCUACUGUUUCUUUAAUGUAGAAGUCUCUAUGAGGGGGCACUGCUUCACCUCAAUCAGCCCUAAGAACCGACCAAGCAGUAGAACAUACAGACUGAUGAUGAUUUGGGCAGCCACAGAUCGGAUUCGUCUGACCGACCACAGUGAAGACCACCUGACUGGGAGGGUUCCCUAGGACUAGGAAAGCAGUGAUGUCCUAGACCUCUAAUCCGACUGGAGGCCCACACCAAGCAGCUCACGGCAUCUUUUCUAUUCCGCUGUUCUACUGAAAACCCUCGGAAGGAAAGUACCAGCUUGUUAAUGAAUUCUGUGAAUUCAGAGAACAAUAGUGUGAUUGGGAAAAAAAUUGAGUCUAAACAGCUGUAAAAGAGACCACAAUAAUGUGAAAUAAAUUUACGAAGUCUAGGCUGGUAA